AUGGCCACAUCUCAACAGUGCUUUGAGAAUCCUCCAACUCUCAGCUCAGAAUGCGGAGCAGGAACACUCGAUGAACUUGGAGGCCUCAAAACCUAUUUCACUGGACCGCAAGAUUCAAGCCGCGCCAUCCUCCUAAUUUCUGAUAUUUUUGGGUAUGAAUCUCCGAACUUAAGGUAUGUUGAAAUUUGUGUUGAUUGUAUAUGA